GAAGCGCUAAGCCUGCCAACCACACGAACAGCAUGAACGGCACCAAGCACGAGGAGCACGAGGAACAUGAGGAGCCGGAGUAUGUUGAUGCCACCGUCGCGGAGAUAGACCCAGAGGGCGAACUGGUCGCCAUGGAGACCGAUGUGUCAUGCGCCAGUGCAGAGAAGUCCGGUCGUGGCUGGUGGGUUGGUGGUGACAAGAUGUGGGGCAGCGGAAGAGGCAUCGAAAACGUCCACGGCAACAAUCUCGGAUACUACAACCAAGGCAUGGACGCAGCUCACUCGCGCUGCGGCGGGAGCAGCUGUGCCUUGAUCGUGAACCCCCCAGGCCACCGCAGCAUCAAUCAAUUCCACAUCCACUUUUUUCACUAUGCUGGCUAUGGAGCCAACCUCAAGGGCCGGCUCGAGAAGCGUGUCUGCGGGAGGAGUGGCUGGAAGAGCGGAGGCUUUCCCUGCCACGGCAAGGCCAUGUACGUCAGCGGCUGGCCUCGUGUCUUUUCCGUCGCGCUUGGAGGUGGUGGCAUGCACCACGCCAGCGUGAUUGCCUGGCCUGGAGCAUGUGGCCGCCGUGGAACCAUCAUUCAGCUGGCUUACGGCUGCAGCAUUGAGCACCAGAUCCGGGGGGAUUAUGACCCCUCCAAGCGAUAG